AUGUCGUUUAAUGUGCCCGGCCGGGAGUAUGCAUUUCGUGAGGGAAUCCGAGCUCGAGAUGGAAAGUGUGUUAUCACGGCUCCAUUCGAUUGGACCUUUUUCGAAGCUGCUCAUCUCUUUCCACUGGAGAAAGAGACGGAUAUGAACGAUACUACGGGAUUGUCAAAGAUCACCUCGUGUCAGAAUGGGUUUCUGCUUAAAGCGGACGUGCGCCAGGCGUUUAAUAAGUAUCUUGUGUCGGUGAAUCCGGAUGACAACUACAAGAUUGUGGUGUUUGGUAUAGAUAUGCUAGGCGUAGAUGGACGAAGUCUGGACCCUGUGUGUCGAAAUCCGGCGGAUCCUCAUAGAGUGUCUGAUAAGCUUUUGCGGUGGCAUUUUAGACAGUCUGUGCUUGCGAAUAUGAGAGGUGCCAGUGAGCCAGUAUUUGAGCAUGAUUUUGCAGGCAAAGAUAUGAUGGCAGAGAUUCGGGAACGACCAUGUGCCAAAGAGAGGUUCGAGUUGGAGUUGGAGGCUAGAUCCAGAGCGGCUGUUUGA